AUGGCGCACAGAAGCCAGAACCUGGCCACUCCUCGCGAACGGCGACUUUCCCGCGUCCGCUCACUCUUCCUUUGGCCCCAGGCCGGCGGCCAAUUCGAACCCGAGCCCGAGGAAGAAACUACCCCUGCUGUCUCGGACUGGACCGCACCUACUUCUCGCGCCGCCCGCCGUGUCUCCUUUCUCGACGUUCAAGACCCUCGGGAGCCUCCCCCGUCCGAUUUAUUCUGCUCCGUCCGCAACGCCCAUCGCCGCCUGAGCGUCCCGCCCGUCCUCGACUUCCUCGCCCCUUCCGGUCAUAAUUGGAACACCAUGUCCGUCCGUUCGCGCCGCUCAAAGGCCACUCCACCGCCACUCGACGUUCCCGAAGAUGCCAUCGCAGGACCGUCGUCAUCAGUUGCCACGCUCCCACUCCCGUCCUAUCCACCCGAUUUCCAGAGCAAGAGCCAGACAUACUUGAAGCGCGUACUGCGCCACCAUGGGUCAUUCAACGCCCUGCAGCGCAAGUUUGCGGCAUUCAGCACCCGCCCCGGCGACCGUUCGAGCGUCGAGAGCGCCUGCUCCACCUCCGCCAACAGUGAACACUCGCUGUCCGGCACUACCGCAUACGCUUCGUCGGACUCCGGCGACUCCGAAGAAGAGAACGGGAAGGACGUUGUUGUUGUUGUUGCCGAUGCGGAGGAAGAGAGGCGCCCGUCUCCGGAGGCUGAAACGCCGACGAGUCCGGAAGCUCACGCUCAAGUUCCGUUUGAGGGCUGCGGCGGGUUACUAGAGCUCAAUCGCGAAACGAACGAUGUCCUGUCGCACAUAAUUCCUUCCACAUCCCCCUCAUUCUUGAGUUGGCAUCAGACGCCAGAGAUGAUCCUGGAAAUAGGGUGUGAGUCCGGAGACUGGUCAAUUCAAGCAGCGACGGCAUGGCCGUUCUCAGAGGUUCGGGGAGUCGACGUUCAUGCACACACGGACGCGGAACCUAACAAGAGGACCAAACCGGCAAAUGUUGAGUUCACUAACUGUGACUUCUUAUCUGAAGGACUACCUUUCGGUGACAACACUUUCGACUACGUACGGGUUGCAAACUGUCAAUUCCGCGUUCGUGCGCAACAAUGGAAGAAGCUGUUACGCGAGGUCCAUCGUGUCUUGCAGGUUGGCGGUCGCCUUGAGCUCAUUGACGAGGACCUGGUCGCGCUCGAGGAAUCGCGCUCAGAUGAUUCGCAGGAUGAUGAUGACGAGCCAGAAGACAGCGCGGACGAGGAUGAGCCGCAAAGCACGGACGCGAGGUUGCAGCGUAACGCUCAGGAUCUCGAGACCAUCUUUCGUUGUGCGCUACAGGAGGUCGGCUUCGACUCCCGGGGAGGGCAUAUCCAUCAAACCCUACAAGACGCUUUCGGUUCCUACGUCGCGAAGCCUUUGUCUCACGAACUAUGUGCGUCCUUGCCUAGCAAGAAGACGUCCAAAUUCUUUGGCGCAGUACCACGCGAGGAGUGCGUCAUACUGCAAUCCAGGCUGAAUGUUGACUCGGACCCUUAUGCUCGCCACCGUCUCUCUCUCGACACACGCUAUGCGUUGCACGGACCCGACGUGCUUGUUGAGUGCGAGGAGUUCAUCUACUCCUUUGUCUCUCAAAAGCUUGACGCCGAGGGUUCACCUCUUGUCCAACCCAAGGAUCUCGACGAGGCGUUCUGGGACUACAAGACCUUCCUUGAGCGCCGCUUUCUCUGGCGCAACCGCCUCGGCGCGGCCUUCGAUGACGAUGCUGAUGCUAUCAUUGCACGAUCACGUCCCGGACCUCGCCGCUCGGAUGGUGGCGACACAAACUCGAUGGUCGGCUCUAUGCGCAGGGCCUUCGAGCGCACGAACUCCGCUGGCGCGGAGACACAUUCCUUCUCUAGCCGCAGGACGCUCGAGCGCUCCUAUUCAUUCGACUCGGAUGUCACACCUCGACCGAGCUCGUACUUCGGUAGUUCAUACGCGGAACCGAGUUCAUACUCACGAUGGGCUCCCGGUGAUGCGUAUGAGCUAAACAGGAAUCGCACGCUUGUGCCUCUCCGGCGCUUCCUUGUGUACACUGCCACCAAAGAGGAGUAG